AUGGGCACCCUGCGGGACCUGCAGUACGCGCUCCAGGAGAAGAUCGAGGAGCUGCGGCAGAGGGACGCGCUCAUCGACGAGCUGGAGCUGGAGUUGGACCAGAAGGACGAACUGAUCCAGAAGCUGCAGAACGAGCUGGACAAGUACCGCUCGGUGAUCCGGCCGGCCACGCAGCAGGCGCAGAAGCAGAGCGCCGGCCCCUUGCAGGGCGAGCCGCGCACCAAGCGGCAGGCGAUCUCCGCCGAGCCCACGGCCUUCGACCUGCAGGACCUCAGCCACGUGACCCUGCCCUUCUACCCCAAGAGCCCACAAUCCAAGGAUCUCAUAAAGGAAGCCAUCCUUGAUAAUGACUUCAUGAAGAACUUGGAGCUGUCGCAAAUACAGGAGAUUGUGGAUUGUAUGUACCCAGUGGAGUAUGGCAAAGACAGUUGCAUCAUCAAAGAAGGAGAUGUGGGGUCACUGGUGUAUGUCAUGGAAGAUGGCAAGGUUGAAGUUACAAAGGAAGGUGUGAAGCUGUGCACCAUGGGCCCGGGCAAAGUGUUUGGGGAGUUGGCUAUUCUUUACAACUGUACUCGGACAGCGACCGUCAAGACUCUAGUAAACGUGAAACUCUGGGCCAUCGAUCGACAAUGCUUUCAGACAAUAAUGAUGAGGACAGGACUCAUCAAGCAUACCGAAUAUAUGGAAUUUUUGAAAAGUGUUCCAACAUUCCAGAGCCUUCCUGAAGAGAUCCUCAGUAAACUUGCUGACGUCCUUGAAGAGACUCACUAUGAAAAUGGGGAGUAUAUCAUCAGACAAGGUGCAAGAGGAGACACCUUCUUUAUCAUCAGCAAAGGAAAGGUGAAUGUUACCCGUGAAGACUCACCAAGUGAAGAUCCAGUCUUCCUUAGAACGUUGGGGAAAGGAGAUUGGUUUGGAGAGAAAGCUUUGCAGGGGGAAGAUGUGAGAACAGCAAAUGUAAUUGCUGCAGAAGCUGUAACCUGCCUAGUGAUCGACAGAGACUCAUUCAAGCAUUUGAUUGGAGGUUUGGAUGAUGUUUCUAAUAAGGCAUAUGAAGAUGCAGAAGCUAAAGCAAAAUAUGAAGCUGAAGCUGCUUUCUUCGCCAACUUGAAGCUGUCUGAUUUCAACAUCAUCGACACCCUUGGAGUUGGAGGUUUUGGCCGAGUAGAGCUGGUCCAGUUGAAAAGUGAAGAAUCUAAGACCUUUGCAAUGAAGAUUCUCAAGAAACGCCACAUUGUGGAUACAAGACAGCAGGAGCACAUUCGCUCGGAGAAGCAGAUCAUGCAAGGAGCUCACUCUGAUUUCAUAGUGAGACUAUACAGAACGUUUAAGGACAGCAAAUACUUGUAUAUGUUGAUGGAAGCUUGUCUAGGUGGAGAACUCUGGACCAUUCUCAGGGAUAGAGGUUCAUUUGAAGAUUCUACAACCAGAUUUUACACCGCAUGUGUGGUAGAAGCUUUUGCCUAUCUGCAUUCCAAAGGAAUCAUUUACAGGGACCUCAAACCAGAAAAUCUCAUCCUAGACCACCGAGGUUAUGCUAAAUUGGUGGAUUUUGGGUUUGCAAAGAAAAUAGGAUUUGGAAAGAAAACAUGGACUUUUUGUGGGACUCCAGAGUAUGUAGCCCCAGAGAUCAUCCUGAACAAAGGUCAUGAUAUUUCAGCUGACUAUUGGUCUUUGGGAAUUCUAAUGUAUGAACUUCUGACUGGCAGCCCACCUUUCUCAGGCCCAGAUCCUAUGAAAACCUAUAACAUUAUAUUACGAGGAAUUGACAUGAUAGAAUUUCCAAAGAAGAUAGCAAAAAAUGCUGCUAAUUUAAUUAAAAAACUAUGCAGGGACAAUCCAUCAGAAAGAUUAGGCAAUUUGAAAAAUGGAGUGAAAGACAUUCAAAAGCACAAAUGGUUUGAAGGCUUUAACUGGGAAGGCUUAAGAAAAGGCACCUUGACACCACCUAUCAUACCAAGUGUUGCAUCACCCACGGACACAAGCAAUUUUGACAGUUUCCCUGAGGAUAAUGAUGAACCACCACCUGAUGACAACUCAGGAUGGGACAUAGACUUUUAAUGUAUUUCUCUUACCUGCUUCUGCCUUGCUGAAGACAGCUUUUUCUGAGACACAGCUGCCAGCAAACCUGAAGGAAAGAGAGAAGAUUAGUGCUCGGGGUCACCAUGAUGCCUUUGAUCGAUGCUGCUCCAGUAACUACAGUGGCAUUAGAACUUAUUGCUUUGAUGACAAUAGUGUUCUUUACAUGUUUUCUGUUUGAACCUAAAAAUAGCAGUUGACAUGGUGGUCCUGAAGCAAAGCCUUUCACCAGUAAAGAGAUGUUUUCUAUUGUUGCAAUGACCUUGCUUUGCUCUGAUUAUAAUCUGAAAGACUAUAUGAAACACUUCAAUCUAGUAAAAGUCUGUACCUUGCUAGAAUUAUCAAGAAGAUUAGGAAAUAAUAUAUGAGGUACGAUUGAUUGCUAUGGUACAAAACUUGGGCUUCUCCUUUUCUCUGAGUGUCAUAUGAUCUAGAACUGAAAGCCAGUGUGAAUGAGGACACAGAGGACCACACAUCUGUUGGUCAGAGUUCAUGUCAAACCAGUGCUAGAAGUUUCCUGACUUUAUUUCCCAGCAGUGCUGAUGACGAGACUGAAUGUUACCUUUCCUUUCUGACAGACUUUACAAAUUAGUAUGAUCAAAGCACAACUACUAUGGAUUCUGUCGAGAACGUCCAUAGCAGGUUUAUAUGCGUUUUAGCAGAGGAUUGACAAAACCAACACGCAUGACAUUUGUUUGGGGUUUUUUGUGUGUUU